CUCCUUUCGCUCACCUGCUGACACUGACCUUGACCCGACCCUGGUCACGAGAGUUUGCUCACCAGGGGCUUCAACAUACUCACUUCUCUUCUCACUUCCUACACCAUGACGUGGACGUCUAGGCUAUAGAUUUGUCUCGUUUCAUUCCCGGCAUCCAUACUUUCACUUACCUCGACUGGACUGAAGCACGCAACCAGCUCUCUUGCUCUCGCACCCGACGACCAUGGUGUCCCACAUCAGAUCAUUUGCGCCGGCGUUUGAGGAGGUCAAGGUCGCUCAGAUCACCGAGAGCAGGAUCUCCAACGUGGUCGCCAUGCUUCCUGUGUCGCUUCAAUCAGGCCCGAUCCGCUUCCUUCGCCGCAGUAUCAGUCUUCACACCCUCCGCCCAGGCGUCGUAGUCCCCGCUGCGCAGUCAAAACCUCGACCUCUCUCAGAAGCUGAUGCCGCAGCUCUCAAUGCUGAGCCGCUCGAGACCGGCAUCCUGACGCAGAGAGAUGAGCCUCAAUAUACGGAAGCCGAGGCUGCGCGUCCGCACGGGAUGAGUCGGGUUCUCUAUUCGGAAACUAAAGACGAUGAGCAGGUUGUUAGAGCCGCGUCUGGCAUUCACUGGAAGUUUGCACGGCAGGGGACGAAUCUCGUCAACAUCUCGAUAGAUGGGGGCAGGCCCGCUGUGACAGAGGAGGACAUCACCUUUGAGCGCAAGGCCUUUGUUGACGGCGUGACAUAUCUCCUUAAAGCCUUACCGCAGGACCUCGAUGACUGUGAACUGAAACGGGUACAAAGCGCUCUACCACAAGACGUCAACCCACCGAAUCUAAACCGAGGCCAACUACAAACGAGCUCGAGCCGAGCCGGGCCCAGUCGAAAACGCUCGAUUCUUCAUCGCGGAGUCCAGAUGACUGUCGUCAACCUGAUCUUCUUCCUUAGCUUCCUGAUGCCAUACCUGCUGUAUCUCAUACGAUGUGCUGCGAGACUGGAGCGGAAAUACAAGAUAUCCGAGGUAGUUGUUGGUCACGGCAUCGACUUUGUCAACUCGAUCGGGAAGCAGAGCGCCUCCUUAACCGAAACGAUAGGCCAGAUGAACGACGGCAAGGUUGGACAAGCUCUUUUGGAGGCGUUCGUGUGGACUGUAGAUGGGGUGACACAGGGCAUCUCUGAUGGUCUUGGCGAGGGUCUCUCAAUCGUGGGAUCCAGGUCAGUCCAGGUCGCUUAGAAGGAAGACCUCGUACGGCCAAACAAUAUGGUAAAUUUAGACAUAGACGUUGGAAACCGGGAACAUAGAAGUCGCCUUUGGUUGUCGACAAGCAUUGCGACGCGGCGAUAUGAGAUUCAUGAAUUGAUUAACAUGCAUGAUGCUUCU